UCUCUCUCACGUCCAACCCAUCCUCUUCAAAUAGUAUUUCAAUUCCAAGAAUUCAUCAUCGAUUCCCUCUCUUCCUAAUUUGUUUGCUUCCAAUCCAAUUCUUCGCUACUCUCAAUUCAUUUUGACCCCAAGCAUCAUCGAUCGUGAGAAGAAAACUAAGUACUCCUCCAAUUAUGAUAGUUAGCUGGGGAUCCGAGGAGUUAAAUCCAAGGCAGAUAGAAGACUGAAUUGCAGCUUCAAAAAAAUAAAAAAACUCAUCAUCAGGAAGCUAUAGACAUGGCCAAAGGAUCUUAUUCAAUAUCUUCAAAGGCAAGAUCCAUGAAAUUUAUAUUCCUCUUCAUGUUCAUGCUCAACUUCAUCUUAUCCGAUGGAGAUCAACAUGAGGUUCAGCUUCUCUUGUCCUUCAAAGCUUCUCUCCACGACCCACUUCAUUUUCUCUCCAACUGGGUCAGUUUCACUUCCUCUGCCACUAUCUGCAAGUGGCACGGCAUCAACUGCGACAACAACGCUAACUCUUCCCACGUUAACGCUGUGGUGCUCUCAGGAAAAAACAUAACCGGUGAGGUAUCCUCUUCCAUUUUUCAGCUUCCCUACCUCACAAACCUCGACCUUUCCAAUAACCAGCUUGUUGGGGAAAUCACUUUUACCCACUCUCACAAUUCUCUGUCUCAAAUCCGUUACCUUAACCUCAGCAACAACAACCUCACGGGCUCUCUGCCUCAACCCUUGUUUUCAGUGCUUUUCUCAAACCUCGAAACACUUGAUCUCUCGAACAACAUGUUUUCGGGGAACAUACCCGACCAAAUUGGAUUGCUUUCAAGCCUGAGGUAUCUUGAUCUCGGAGGAAACGUUCUGGUUGGAAAGAUUCCAAAUUCCAUCACCAACAUGACCGCUUUGGAAUACCUUACUUUGGCUUCAAACCAGUUAGUGGAUAAGAUACCAGAAGAAAUCGGAGCAAUGAAGAGCUUGAAGUGGAUUUACUUAGGCUACAACAACCUCUCAGGUGAGAUUCCAAGUAGCAUUGGAGAGUUACUCUCUUUGAAUCACCUCGAUCUUGUUUACAACAACCUCACUGGACUUAUUCCUCACUCUCUCGGACACCUCACCGAGCUUCAGUAUCUCUUUCUCUACCAAAACAAACUAAGUGGUCCAAUUCCAGGAUCUAUCUUCGAGCUCAAAAAGAUGAUUUCUCUCGAUCUAAGUGAUAACUCUCUUUCGGGUGAGAUUUCCGAGCGUGUGGUUAAGCUCCAGAGCCUGGAGAUUCUCCACCUUUUCUCAAACAAGUUCACUGGGAAGAUUCCAAAGGGUGUUGCAUCUUUGCCUAGGCUUCAGGUUCUUCAGCUAUGGUCAAACGGAUUAACAGGUGAGAUUCCUGAGGAGCUAGGGAAGCAUAGUAACCUCACUGUGUUGGACCUCUCCACCAACAACCUCUCAGGGAAGAUUCCAGAUAGCAUAUGUUAUUCUGGUAGUCUUUUCAAGCUUAUCCUCUUCUCCAACUCCUUCGAAGGAGAGAUUCCAAAGAGCUUAACCUCUUGCAGAAGCCUUCGCCGUGUUAGACUCCAAACCAACAAAUUCUCCGGGAAUUUACCAUCGGAGUUAUCCACGCUGCCUCGGGUAUACUUCUUGGAUAUCUCUGGUAACCAACUUUCUGGAAGAAUCGAUGACAGAAAAUGGGAUAUGCCGUCACUUCAAAUGCUGAGUUUAGCAAACAACAACUUCUCAGGAGAAAUCCCAAACUCUUUUGGUACUCAAAAUCUUGAGGACUUGGACUUGUCAUAUAACCAUUUCUCAGGUUCUAUUCCACUUGGUUUCAGAAGUUUGCCAGAGCUUGUGGAAUUGAUGCUCAGCAAUAACAAACUCUUCGGUAACAUCCCUGAAGAAAUUUGCUCGUGCAAGAAGCUUGUGUCCUUAGACUUGAGUCAGAACCAGCUCAGUGGUGAGAUUCCGGUGAAGCUCUCAGAGAUGCCGGUUCUCGGCCUCCUCGACCUGUCGCAAAACCAAUUCUCCGGCCAGAUUCCGCAGAAUCUGGGAAGCGUGGAGUCUCUCGUUCAAGUGAACAUAUCACACAACCAUUUUCAUGGAAGCUUACCUUCCACCGGCGCUUUUCUUGCCAUCAACGCGAGUGCAGUCAUUGGCAAUAACCUUUGUGACCGCGACGGUGACGCUUCAAGCGGUUUGCCACCGUGCAAAAACAACAAUCAGAACCCAACUUGGCUCUUCAUCAUGCUGUGUUUUCUACUAGCGUUGGUUGCGUUCGCAGCAGCUUCUUUUCUCGUCUUAUACGUUCGCAAGAGGAAGAACUUCUCGGAGGUGCGAAGAGUGGAAAACGAAGACGGAACGUGGGAAGUGAAAUUUUUUUAUUCCAAAGCCGCAAGGUUGAUCAAUGUAGACGAUGUUUUGAAAACGGUUAAAGAAGGAAAAGUUGUGUCGAAAGGAACAAACUGGGUUUGGUACGAAGGGAAGUGCAUGGAAAACGACAUGCAGUUCGUGGUGAAGGAAAUCAGCGACUUGAAUUCACUUCCAUUGAGUAUGUGGGAAGAGACAGUAAAAAUUAGAAAGGUUCGUCACCCGAAUAUCAUUAACCUUAUUGCGACGUGUAGGUGUGGGAAGAGAGGGUACUUGGUGUACGAGCACGAGGAGGGGGAGAAGUUAAGCGAAAUUGUCAACAGUUUAAGUUGGCAACGGCGUUGCAAAAUCGCCGUUGGCGUGGCAAAAGCACUUAAGUUCUUGCAUUCUCAAGCUUCAUCCAUGCUUUUGGUUGGAGAGGUGUCACCGGAGAUAGUUUGGGUCGACGCUAAGGGCGUCCCUCGCCUUAAGGUCACCCCUCCCCUAAUGCCGUGUUUGGAUGUCAAGGGUUUCGUUUCUUCGCCCUACGUUGCUCAAGAGGUAAUAGAGAGGAAAAAUGUGACGGAGAAGAGUGAGAUAUAUGGGUUCGGAGUGAUGCUGGUUGAAUUAUUGACGGGAAGGAGCGCCAUGGACAUAGAAGCUGGCAAUGGCAUGCAUAAAACCAUUGUGGAGUGGGCCCGCUAUUGCUACUCUGACUGUCAUCUUGACACGUGGAUAGAUCCUGUGAUGAAGGGUGGAGAUGCAUUGAGAUAUCAGAACGACAUUGUUGAGAUGAUGAAUCUUGCACUGCAUUGUACCGCUACUGAUCCCACCGCAAGGCCAUGCGCAAGAGACGUACUCAAAGCCCUAGAGACUGUUCACAGAACCACUUUUUGUUGAGUUUCACCACUCAAAAACCUCAACUCUCUCUGAUUUUCCAUAUUAUCUGCUGAGCAUUCUCUGAAGUCUGACCUAUGGUUAUAGAUUUUGUUUUUUCUUGUUUUCUUUUUCUUUUCUUUUCUUUUUUUAAUUUGAGUUGUCACUUUUUGUUUAAUCCUUAUAUAAUUUGUUUAAGGUUUUUAGUUUAGCAUAAGUAAGUUGUUGAUGAAGGGAUUGCUAGGGAUAUGUUUGCUUGAUAUUUUACAUAAGGGUAUGUUGACAUCAUACUGCUGAUGAGUGUAAAGUAAAUGUAAAUAAGUUGAAUGUGAUUAAUAAAUUAAUUAUAUGAAAGCAAAGCAACAUCUAUGUAAUA